CUUUGUUUAGUGUGUGUUGCUUUUUAAUGGCUAACGUUGAAAAAGAUUUUUUUCUUAAUGGCAACCUUAGAAGGAAAUAGAUCAAAGGUUCUGAAGGGGCGGGGCUGCGUGACGGAGCAGCACUUCGAGCAGGUGCUCAACACGAUUUCCCAGGAAGUGGCCAGGAGAAGACAGCUGUCUGUGACGUCAGUGGCCAGAGCUGCGCGCAUCAGAGACACGUACCAGCCCCUGCACCCUCACGUCUACCGUCUGCAGGAGUCUUACCUGGAUCCAAAGUUCAAGCAGAUCGUGGUCUACUGUGAAAGCAGCUGUGCCACUGUGGAGGGUCUCUGUCAGCAGCUGGAGGAACUGGCAGCGCCGAGAGUUUACCGCCUCCCGGUGUUCACCAAAGCCUUCUGCGAGGAGCUGCUGGAGGAGCUGGAACACUUCGAACGGUCGUCAUGUCCCAAAGGACAACCCAAUACCAUGAACAACUACGGCAUCCUCCUGAAUGAGCUGGGCUUCGACACCAACUUCAUCACGCCUCUGCGAGAGCAGCACCUGCGACCGCUGGCGUCACUGCUGUACCCAGACUGCGGGGGGCGCUCUCUGGACAGCCACAAAGCCUUUGUGGUCAAAUACGACAUGGAUGAAGACGUCGAUCUGAGCUACCACUACGACAACGCCGAGGUCACGCUCAACGUUUCCCUCGGCCGAGACUUCACGGAAGGAAACCUCUACUUCGGAGACAUGAGACAGGUGCCGUUAAGUGACACUGAGUGCUGCGAGGUUUCCCACCGGGCGACUGAGGGCCUCCUGCACAGGGGCCAGCACAUGCACGGGGCCCUGCCCAUCUCCUCAGGCCAACGCUGGAACCUCAUUAUUUGGAUGAGGUCGUCCCAACAUCGGAAUAAACUCUGUCCCAUGUGUGACCGGAAACCGCUGCUGGUGGAGGGAGAAGGCUUCGCGGAUGGAUUCACUCGAGAGUCUGGUUCCUCCUGCGCAUUGACCUGAUGACCUCUUGGUGGUACGUCGAACCCCUGCCCAGCUCGCUACGUCGUCAAACACACUGAUUCAACUCAAUUCAACAGCGGUUUGAGGUGUAAACUGCACCAAAACAGGUGAAAGGAAGAUGCCAGCACAGGUGUGAUGCUAGAGAUGAGUGUGUUCCGAGGCGCAUCUGGUGUGUUUUGACUCCAACCACAGAGAUGCUUUGUGGCAUCACACAGACUCUUAUUUACUGUUGCCACUCGACAGUAAACUGGAUUCUCUUCUGCUCAUGUUCUGUGUUCAAUAUUUUGGACCCUUUAGUAGAUGCUGCUGUCUUGAGGUACAAUCACACCAAGGAGUCCGGGACGAGAGGGCGACAAGGUUGCAGCUUCAGGCAACAUUUUCACUAUCAAGUGCUUGGGUUAGAAAACAUCAGGACUCCGGUGACAAGAUCAGAGGCCAGAUUAGGGAAAACUCAACAAGACCAAGAAGUGAAACGGAAGAGAAGCUGAUCGUAGGGGUCACUCACUGGGACCUGAUGGAGACGACCUUGUCCUGCGAGACUUCCCUGGGCUACAAUUCUGCCUUGUUUCCACAAACUCUAGACCCGCCCCCAGACCCUAGACCCCAACCUUCUUUUAUGUGACCUGAAAGGCAAAACUUGUGGCGACCACUCGUGUGCAGGUGGUGGAACGAGCGUCAUGAAGUUGCAUUUGGAGUUAACGCACCUUUAGAAUGUAUGUCAUGGAGACAGUGCUGUUAAAGUGUAUCAUCCAUUAGAAGAAUAAUAAAGACCUAAAAGCAAAGUUGUUUUUAAAUAUAUAUAUAUAUAUAUAUAUAUAUAUAUAUAUAUAUAUAUAUAUAUAGGAGUGUCAUGCCAGAGUUGAAACAUGUCUAUACGUUUUCUUCAACUUAAUUACUGUACUGUAUAUGAUUCGACAUAUGGAAUACUAGGGGUGACAAAAUAAGAAAAUAAAUGUGGAAAUAUAAAUGGAUAUAAAAGGGGAAAUAGACAAAGUGGACAUCCAAAUAGAAAAAUAAACAUGAAUCAUUUCCAUUUAAGCGUGUUUUGUUUAUUCCUGUUUAUUUUUCCAUUUUUAUUUCCACUUUGAGUAUUUCCCCUUUUGUUUCCAUUUAGAUCUCCACAUUUCUUUUCUAUUUUUGUCGCUCCUUGUUUUCCAUACUGACAAAGUAAAACCUUUCUCUAUAUUCGCUAUAAUGCAGAAUUCCAUCCACAAAUAUACUCUCCAAUCCAGGCGUAUUUAAAUUGCAAAGAACAACACAAAUGUCAAAUCUAAAAAAAACCAAAAACACUAAUUUUUCUAAUCUUUUGUCUUAUAAUGAGUGCAAACAUUCCCUGAGUAACAGCCUCCAAUAAAACUGUAAAAUAGUGAGGGGUAGAUGAGGUUUCAUGAAGCAGUGUCAUGACUUUCAGAGGCCAGCAGAUGGCGAUGUCUGAUGUAAAAUGUUUGGACUUGAGCAACUAAUUCAGUGAAACCUCACACCGUUUCUAAACCAAGAGCGCCAUCUAGUGGCCUCUGAAAAUGAGGACACUGUUUCAUGAAGCCUCAUCUUCACAUCACGAGAGUGAGGUGACCACAGGAGAGAAGAAAGGCGACACAAACGCACAUUUGUCUUGAUUGUAUUGAAGUUUGUGACACAAUACACUCACACGUGAACAGUUCUCUAACACAACAGGGAUCAACAUCAUUAAAUAUCUGAAUUUAACAUGGUGUUUUAAAAGUAUCAUUAUAGAUGUCAGUGUUGUGGUGGAAGGAAGACGCACAUGUCUGUGACCUGAUGAAAUGGUUUGUUUCGAGCAACACUGGGGCUUUUGGUUGUUUCUUUUUUGUUCCGUCUUUAGUUGGGACUCGGGCCCACAGGACAUCUGGGUCUCAGACGGCGACAGUUUCAAGUAGUUUGCAAACGUUCUGCCUCAGAAUCACACACAGAACACACACACAUGCUCACACAGGCUGGUGAAAAAUGACUGUACAUAAUACUGAAACUGUUAAGGACAUACGCUUAUAACUUACACAGCAGUGUACGUGUAUUUAUAUUCCUUCAAAUACGUCCAUUAUAUAUAUAUAC